AUGUCAACUCAAGGUGGUCCGGAGGGCGAGAGCGCCCUCCGCCUCCGGAUCACCCACAUUAUGAGCUCGCAGGCCCAUCCCCUCGCCUCCCUCCGUGCCGACUACGUUCCCCCAACGCUACCGACCGCCGUGCCGCCCGGCGUCGUGCCGUCCUCUUUCCCCGUCCUCCGAAUUUUCGGGACGACCACCUCAAGGCAAAAGAUAUGCGUCAACGUCCACCUGGCCUAUCCGUACUUCUACGUCCCGUUCCCCAUGGACAGCAUGGACCCGCUGCGUCCCGAGCGCGUCGUACGCCUAUGCCAGCGCUUCGCGGUUUCGCUGAACCACGCCAUCUGCCUCGCGAUACGGCAGAACCCGACUGGUCCUUCAGCCAUGGGCGCCUUUGCAGGUGGCACUGACCCGCGACAUCUGCACGUUCUGUCGGUCGUUCUGGUGAAGGGCAUCCCGUUCUACGGGUACCACGUCGGAUACUCGUACUGGCUCAAGGUGAGCCUUGCCAACCCUAACCGUAUGCGGGUGGCAGUCGAACAGCUCCACAAGCCCGUCGUCUUGGGCAAGGUGUGGCAGCCUCACGAGGCGCAUCUCUCCCACGUCCUGCAGUUUAUGUGUGACUUUGACCUGUACGGCUGCGGGUGGCUCGACCUCUCCGGCGGCCUGUUCCGCCAUCCUCUCCCCGAGGUCGGGGAGGAGGAUCCUCCCGGCUGGCUCACGUCCGAGACGAUUCCGUCCCACAUGGCUUAUUCACCCAACAUCUCCCCGCCGCGAGAUACUUAUUCCUCCCUCGAGAUCGAUGUUCUCCCGCACCAGAUCUUGAACAGGUACCGCCUCGCCGAGCGGCCGCUGCACCAGGACUUCAUUGAACUCCUACACCAGCCGCUGCAUCCCGAGGAGAAGCUCGUGCCGGCCAUGAAGGAGCUUUGGGAGGACGAGCGGCGGCGACGAGCUGCCAAAGGCCUGGGAACCAGCGAGGCGGCCUUGCUCCCCGUAUCGGGUGGAGGUCGGGGCCGUUCCAUGGCCGAGCUGGGGUACAAGGUUGAUGGGUCGGAUGUCGAAAACCAUGGCGGCGACUGGAAGAUCUCGCCGGAACUCUGGGAUAUCCUCGAGGAACGAAUGUCGGUGGAGCGACGCCGUCGAAGCCGCCUCACGUUUGACCAGGUGAGCCACGCAUUGCAGACCGGAGCGAACGGAGAGCGGAAGAAGUACGACCGGUGGAUUAUGACUGCGUUCGAGGCUGUUUCGGCUGGCUGGCCCAAGCGCACACAGACCCAGAAAACACAGAGGAUAAGAAGCUCGCCACCGAGUUCGCAAGCCCCACCGAGUCCUCCACCAGAGGAGGAGGAGGAGCACAACCCCUUCGAGUUUGCGACGCAGGCGUCACAGGAGCACGUCGAAGCUGAGGUUGACGCCACCCAAGUCCAGGAAGAUGAUGGAGAGGAGGCAGAGCCAGGUGAGAGAGAGCACCUCAUGGCUGUAAGGGAGGCCGAGGCGUUCCGCGCAACCCAAGUGGCGAUCGGCGACGACGACAUCACGCGCUUCCUGAAGACGCAGGUAGGGGAGAGCCGCGUCUCCACGCCAGCGCUGGACACCUCUCCCAGCAAGUCAGGUAGCUCGGCUCGGCGGCGGGCGAUCGAGGAGGCCGGCUUCGGCGACCUAAGCGCCCUCGCCAUGUCGCCUGCCCGCCUCUCCUCCCCGAACCCUUAUGCGCCAAGUACGCCUACGCGGCAGAAUGGUGGUAGCACGCCCCGCUCCCUCGUGCGUAAUUUCUUUGCUCAACACUCGUCGCGUGUCGCCACGCCAACCAAGCCGAGACUCUCACCCAACACCGUCGUGCUCCCCGAGACCAGGCGGUCGUUUACGGCGUGGACACCAAGCCCCCAGGAGGCAGAGUCAAGACCCGUCCAACAUAAAGAGGAGGAAGACCACGUCCCGAUGCUCACGGAGAUCAAGGCGUGCAAGACGCCAGAGCUGCCGCCGCCUAAUGCGCAACCGUCGCCUCUCAUCCCUUUCUCAACGCUCAAGCAUGCGCUAUCGCCUACCCUGCUCACCAGAAGACCCGGCCCGUCGCCGACGAUGCUGAACACCGCGGUCGACGCUACACCAACACAACAACGCCUGAACGCGGCUGACGCCCACGCGACACAGCGCCCGACGAAGCGCGUGCGUCUUUCUAGUCCUACCCAGCCUUUUCCUGCCCUUGCCAAUCCGAGUCAGUCUUCCCAGACCUGCCAUUCCUCUCACAAGUCCCAUCCGUCCCACCCCUCACAUCCCUCUCGCCCGUCCCAGUCUUCCCAGCCCCACCCCAGUGGUGGAGAGACGUCCAAUUCGUCGGGGCCAGACCUCGCCUUGGACGCGUGGACGUUCGCAGACGCACCACCACCCAAACAACACGUCGUUGAGUCCAUGGCAUCCUAUGGACUUGACACGGUCGAGUAUCCGACCCCGUUUUACUCGAAUCCCGCGGACGUGCCACCACGCCCGAAGCAGUUCGCAGGGCGGGUGUUUAAUGUCAAGACCAACACUGUGGCUGAGCUGCCACCAUUUGAGGGCGAGGCGACACCGCGGCACUGGCUCCGUACACGGCGUGCAGAGGGCGAUAGGGGGAGCUCGAAACGUGGCUGGGAGUAUGGCGCGCCUCCACCCUGCAAGCGAGUGGUUGUCGACUGGUGUGCGAAAGAGGAUGCCGAGGAAGCCAGGAUCAAACUCGCUGCAUCGCAGCUCGCAGGCCCCACUCAGAAGAACAAGUACGGCUUCAAGCUGACGCAGAGACUCGCACGGCGCGAGCAGCAGAACAUGAGCGUGCUUCUGCUCGAGGUGUUCGGUGAGCUCCCGCUCGCAGAUGUUCAGCUGACAUCAGCGCCCUCCCGCGGGCAACUCCUCCCGGACCCGGCUGAGGACGAGAUGGCUGCCGUCUUCUUUUGCUUCCAGAACGAUGAUGAGUCGCUACCGGACACCGUGAACCAUACAGGAUAUCACGCUGGGUAUGUGCUCGUCGGAAGUGAGCAGACCGCCGAACGACGGGCGCGCCUCGACGGCAUCCCGUGCUUCUACGUCGAGAGCGAGCUUGACCUGAUCAACUGGGUGAUCGACACCGUUCGCCAAUGGGAUCCGGACGUGCUCGCGGGGUGGGAACUGCACAACGCAUCGUGGGGGUAUCUGGCGGCCCGCGCGUCGCAGGGGUUUGGCACAGACUUUGCCGACGACAUCUCACGGCUUGUCUCAAGCAAUGGGCCGAUCCGGAAAGACGCGUACUCGGAGCACCAUACAAGCGUGUUCAAGGUCGCCGGGCGGCACGUGUUAAACAUCUGGCGCAUCUUGCGCUCGGAAGUCACGCUGAAUAUCUAUACGUUCGAGAAUUGCGUGUUUCACGUACUUCGACAGCGUAUACCGCACUUCACUGCCGGAGCGCUCACCGCGCUAUGGCGGAGCAAGACGCCAGAUCACACCGCCCGUGUCCUCGGCAUCCUCUUUCAGCGCGUUGUGUUGUACGCUGAGCUGAUCGACGCGGCCGAGGUCGUAUCCAAGAACGCCGAGUUCGGGCGCGUCUUCGGCGUCGACUUUGACGCCGUCGUCUUCCGCGGUUCCCAGUUCAAGGUCGAGUCGUUCCUCUUCCGCCUCGCCAAGCCUGAGAGUUUUAUCCUCGUCACGCCCUCCCGCGCCCAGGUGGGACUGCAGAAUGCGCCCUUCGCCGUGCCCCUGAUCGCCGAGCCCGAGAGCAAGUAUUACUCGCACCCAGUCAUUGUGCUCGACUUUCAGAGCCUGUACCCCUCCGUCAUGAUCGCGUACAACAUCUGCUACUCAACAUGCUUGGGACGCGUGGAGAAGUUUAAGGGUACGGACAAGUUUGGAUUCACCGAACUCAAGGUGUCGGACGGCAUGCUCGAGCUGCUGAAAGACUACUUGACGGUGACGCCGAACGGGAUGGUGUUCGUCAAGCCGGCGGUAAGGAAGAGUCUACUGGCCAAGAUGCUCGGCGAGAUUCUCGACACGCGUGUCAUGGUCAAGCAUGCGAUGAAGGGUGCAAGGGGAGAUAAGGCGCUUAACCAACUCCUCAACGCACGCCAGCUCGCCCUCAAGCUCAUGGCAAACGUGACGUACGGCUACACGUCCGCGACUUAUUCUGGCCGCAUGCCGUGUAUCGAGAUUGCUGAUUCGAUCGUGCAGACUGGCCGCGAGACCCUCGAGAAGGCGCAGGAACUUAUCCACUCGCGCCCAGAGUGGGACGCCACCGUUGUUUACGGCGACACAGACAGCUUGUUCGUCUCACUCCCCGGCCGGUCCAAGGAACAGGCCUUCAAGAUCGGGCACGACAUUGCGCGCGCAGUCACGGCGAUCAACCCCAAGCCCGUCACACUCAAGUUUGAGAAGGUGUACAUGGGCUGCAUCCUCAUGGCGAAGAAACGCUACGUAGGAUUCAAGUACGAGCGCCCAGACGAGACGGAACCUUCCUUCGAUGCCAAGGGCAUCGAGACGAUCCGGCGUGAUGGCUUCCCAGCGCAGGCCAAGCUCGAGGAAGUAUGCCUGAAGAUGCUCUUCCGUGGCAACGACCUGAGUGAGAUCAAGGCGCAUUGCAGGUCGGAGUGGGGCAAGAUCCUCGCUGGCCGCGUCUCGAUCCAAGACUUCAUCAUCGCAAAGGAAGUGCGUUUGGGGACCUACUCUACAAAGGUACCCCCACCUCCGGGCGCGGCCGUGGCGUUCCGGCGUAUCCUUAAAGAUCCACGCGACGAGCCACAGUACGCCGAGCGCGUGCCCUACGUCAUUUCCAACGCCGAGGGCCGGCGCCUGAUCGACCGCGCUCGCACGCCCGAGGAAAUGCUGGCGUCACGCUCACUUGGUAUCGACGCAGAAUACUAUAUCCGCAACCUCCUUAUUCCGCCUCUCGCCCGUAUCUUCAACCUCGUAGGCGGCGACGUCGAGCAAUGGUACGACAGCAUGCCCCGCGCCCGCGCUGCUAAGCGGUACGGCGGGGUUGCGGCGCGCAUCGACGCGCAUUUUGCCUCGCUGCAUUGCCGGAUUUGCGGGGACGAAGGCGGACCCGUUUGUGUGGCGUGUAAACGAGGCCCAGACGUUGCGGCUACGGCGCUGCUGGGGCGCGAGAACGCCGUACAGGCCCGCGCGAGGGAUUUACAUUCCAUCUGCACUUCUUGUUCUGGCACGCCGCCAGUCGAGACGGUGCUCUGCAAUAGCGCAGACUGCCCAGUCAUGUAUGCGCGGGUCGUGGCGGAACGGGAUGCAGCCGACGCGGCUGAGGCGCAUGGCUUGCUGGCUCAACUUGAGUGGUAG